AUGAUAAUUAAAUAUGGUUUUACCUCAACAGGGAGGAGAAUAGCCAAAAUACUUAAAGAUGUCGAUAAAGAUUAUUCGAAAGUGUAUAAAACUCAACUCUAGAAAAUGAAGAUUAAGGAUAUGUCUAAAAAGUACAUCAAUAUACAGGAUUCUUCAUAAAAGAUUGAACAUUUGACUAAACCCUACAAUUUCAAUAAAUAUAUCAAAUAGCAAUACAAGAAGACCAUCGAUAAAGUGGUUGAAAAGGAAGUCAAUAGAAUGGAAAGACAAGAAGUGGAAGACAAAAAAUUGAAAUGGGUGGAAAAUGCAUAUAUGACAGAAGAAGUGAAAAAAUUUGAAAAAUUGUUAUUCCAAAAAAAUGAACGUCUCAGACUCCUUAAAUAAGAAGAUAAUCGAGUUCAUAAUCAUCUGCCUCCUUAAUAUUUGCAAGAGUAAGGUGAAGCCGAAUAUUUGCAAUUGAAUUCCCAACAUCAAUAAUAUAAGUCAACAUUGCAUCAAUUGCACAAUUAGAGAAUUACAGAAAUGAGGGAAAAUGUUAGGAAUCCUUAUGGGUUCUUAAUCAAAAGCCAAUUAUUAGUUUAGUAUCCAAGCCUAAAAUAAACAAUUGAAUCACAUCUUCCAAAAUUAGAGAAUAUUCAAGUUGAUGAAUUUGUAGAUGAACUGAAAUCUAAAGUUGAUUCAAGAACUAGUCUAAUUGAUUGGGAUUCUGUCAAAUAGUUUUAUGUAGGAAUGUAGCAACAGAGAGACAACUCUUUGAUUACCUUUUCGCAGCAUCAAUCGAGUGUAAAUGUGAUUCAGGAUUACUAAAAUUAUUUGAUGGAUAAAUUCUACAAUAAUUCACUCUAAAUGAGAACAAGGGGAUAGAUCUAGUUUGCUGAUCUAACAGAAGAAGAAUGCGUCAGAUAUAUUAAAUAUGACAUAAGCACACCUGAAAUCCUAAUGAGGUUGAUCUCUACUAUGGAUUAAAUUCCUGAUCAAUUUACUCCUAAGAUCGCAUCCUCAAUCUUAUAGAAAUUAGUGGUUGUCAAAAAAGAUCAGCUAGCCCUGUUAUCAGACGAUAGAUACAGAGCCUUAUUGAAUUACAUUGCUAGAUCCGAGUAUGAUGAUCAAACCUUGGCUUAAACCAUCCUUGCAUUGAGUCUCUUACAACCUAAAUCAAUACAAACUGUCUAUGAUAAGCUAUCGUAUCACUUGUAUGAUAAUUUAGCAACUCAGCUGAUUCCAAGAAUCUAAUAAUUAUCGAACUCGUAAUUUUCAAUGAUUGUUAGGAAUUUUCAUUCAUUGCCAUUAUCAAAAAAUCUAUAACUCUAAAAUCUUUUAGUUUAGGAUAUCAUAAGAAAUAGAAUCAAUAAUAAUUUAAGUGUUUAUGAGGCUGAGUCAUUCAUAUCAUUUUUAUCAAGACCUUUAAUAAAUGAUUAGAGUCUCAGUAUUGUUGUAUAUAAUUUAACUCAGACUCUAUUGUGCCAACCUAAUUCAAUCUUAGAAAUUGAUAGAGAUACUUUAAUGAUCUUGUCAUCUACUCUUUUAAAAUUAGAGGAUAAUAAAUAGAUUUCAUCAUUAUUAAAGAGCAAUUCCAAAAAUCUUUAAUCAGCAAUAGAGUCUUGUGAAUGCAGACAUCUGGCUUAAUUCUCGUUGCUUUUAUCUAAGUUAGAUGUUCAUCGAUCUCAUGAUUUGGUUUAAUAAACUAAAAAGAGAUUUGUUGAGAUCUUAACCUACAGGAAAAAGGAGUAAGAUGAAUUUGAUAUUGCUAUGAUCACAUCAUCCUUGAGUCAAAUAGACAUCAAAAUGAUGUAUCCCAUUAGAAGAGUAAACGAGGUGAUACUGCUUCAAACUGUAUUUCAUAGAUACCCAUAUAGUUACAAAUCAGCUAACCAUGUUCCCUAUCAAAAAUUAAUGAAUCUAUUGCAAUCAUAUGAUAAAAUGUUCUCAGAGAAGAGUUUGAUCAUCCUCUUUCACAGUCUAAUAACGGUCGGCCACAUCCAUAAGGAUGCCUUCCUAUAAUCACUUCAGCAAGUCCAAGAUACACAGUACUUGUUCCCCCUAUUAAUCCAAUUAAACACUUUGGAUCACAACCUGGAUUAAGUUGUUUCCAAAUUUAAUCAGCAAACCAAUCCAUCCAUUUAAGGAGUUCUAUUCUAUUUAUAAGCCAUGUUCUAUUUUAAUAAAUUACAAGGUUCAGAUUUGGAGAAAGUUGAUCCCACAAAAAUUUCAGAAUUAGAUCAAACCAGUAAAUGCUUCUUGAUGAUGCUUAUCACUUCACUUCCAAAGUGUGAAAUCGGAUAAUAGUUAUACAAUGAAUUAAUCCUUGCUCUAGAUCCGUAAUAUAUUGAACAAAAAUACUUGCUUCUAUUGUCUAGAAUUCAAUGUAACUACUAAUAAGGGGAAUUGCAAUUGUUACUAACUCAAAUGAGAUAAUAGGCUACUUAAAGAAAUAGUGAAGUUGGCAUUGAAAAGUAUCUGCCCCAAUAAGUCAUCCAAUAAGCAGCAGACCUAUUUACUAAACAAGGUUACUAAGUGCAGAAGAAUGUUUUGUUUCCCUUAUUCUAAUCAGAUUUAUUGAUUGAUAAUAAGAUAGCAUUCUAGUUCAUAUCUGUAAAUGAAAUGAUAGAUUGUGGAGGCCAAUUCUAAUUUACAGGAAUGUAAAAACUAUUAAGAAGAAGAAGCAACGUAAAUUACAUCAUCUACGAAGAAUUCAUCAGAAGUCAGGAUCAAUUUUAGUAUCUAAAAUAAUUCUUAUGA